AUGGUCUGGCUGUACACAGUGCUAGUGUUUUUCGCUGAACCGGCUCCUGGGUGCAGGUCGGGUCCCUCCCUGUACUGCCCGCCUUUCAGGAACCCUUUUUUCCGUUCCCCUUUCUGCUUCCAAGCAAUCAGAGGCAAGACGGCAGACAGCAAGGGUCUGAAGUCGCUCAGCGGGCAAAAAUGCAACCAGCUGUUUAUGGCACGCCCCCCGGGCGGAGUGUCUUCCAUCAGCUUCGGCGGCGGUGGCGGUGACUCCUCAGCGGGCUACGGGGCCUCCUCAUACAGCAACCAACAAUACUCUGCCCAGGCGAGCUGCGGGUAUAGUGCCGGUGUGGGUAUUGCCGCCGGUGGCAACAACAUGGCAGGUGUAGGUGCGGGGUACGGCGCGUACGGCGGGUACGGCGGAUCCGGAGCGGCCGAUCUCUCAGCGCAGCUGAACCUGCCACCGAUCAACCAGCGGCGACCGCCUUCAGGUGGACGACGCGCCGUGUCACAACCCGCAGCAAUGCCCUCGUCGUACUCUUCGUACAAUGCCGCAGCAGCAUCGCCGUACACUGCCGCAGGCGGCUAUGGGGGUAGCAGCGCCUAUGCAACUCCUGGCGCCGGUAACGGCUACGGGGCCGGCUACGGAGGCGGAGGUGGCGCGUAUGCAGCCACACCGAGCAGUAGCUAUACUCCCCCGUACAGCGCGUACGGCGCAGGGUCGUCGUACGGCGGUACGCCAGCAGCGGGCGGCAGUAGCGCCUACGGUGUGUCGUCGUCUUAUGGUAACCCCGGCUCCCCUGGCGCCGGCGCGUUCGGCAGCAGUUAUGCUGGGGGUGGAGGGGCCGGGUCUGCUGCCGGAUCGUACGGAAAUGGCGGCUACGGCAGUAAUGCGUACGGCAGCAAUGCGUACGGCGGUAGCGCAUAUGGUGGUGCUGGUGCCAGUUACGGGGCAGGGAACUACGGUCAGGCCGGUCGGUACGGCGGGGCAGGGUACGGGGCCCCGGCCGGUGGGGGCUACGGGGGAGGGUACGGAGACGGCGGCGGCGGCGGCGGUGGCGGUGGUGGCGGUGGCGUCCACAUGAGCCCCAAGGCCGACUUUUCCCCGGCUAAAGGCGCGUUUUGCGGAAAGGUUGUGCUGCAGCCCCCCGGGGGGAAGACCAGCAUCAACCUGUUCGGGUGA